CUUUGCAGCUAACAUACGCGCUAGUUCCUUAGCCUGAUGCUGGCCGCCCAGUGGGGAACGCCUAGUACCGUACAAGAUCACUGAGCGACCACAGCCACAAGUGAACAGUCUGACUUUCGCUUCAGUAGUUUUCCCUUGCCGCUAAUGUGUGCUGCAGCCCCAGUGGUCGUUGGCAGGAUGCAGACCAUAAAAUGUGUUGUGGUUGGCGAUGGGGCAGUGGGGAAAACCUGCCUACUUAUUUCGUACACCACCAAUGCCUUCCCUGAAGAAUACAUUCCAACAGUCUUUGACAACUAUAGUGCCCAGAUGAGCGUGGACGGCCGCACCGUCAGCCUUAACUUGUGGGACACGGCCGGCCAGGAGGAGUACGACCGCCUGCGUACUCUCUCCUACCCGCAGACCAAUGUCUUCAUCAUCUGCUUUUCCAUCGGCAGUCCCUCCUCCCACGCCAACGUAAGACACAAGUGGCACCCUGAGGUGUCUCACCACUGCCCCAAUGUGCCCAUCCUGCUGGUGGGUACCAAGAGGGACCUGAGGGGCGACGCGGAAACGGUGAAGAAGCUGAAGGAGCAGAGUUUGGCUCCCACUACCCAGCAGCAGGGAAACUCCCUCGCCAAACAAAUCGGGGCCGUGAAAUACAUGGAGUGUUCGGCGUUGCUGCAAGAAGGCGUCAGGGAGGUGUUUGCCGAGGCCGUAAGAGCGGUGUUGUACCCCGUCAUGAAAAAGAACAGCAAGAAAUGCGUGCUCUUGUAAUAACGGUUACCGGAAUUUGGAUUGUGGAGAUCCACAGAUGCAAAUAAUUGCUGCUUCCACGUCACUCCUAGCAGUUGUAAGACUUCUUUUUCAGUUCCUCCUCCAUCCUUAUGAGGCCUUCAACACGAUCAUCACCAAAGUGACUUUGACGAAACGGGGGGAAGAAAAAGUUGUUCUCAUUUUUGUUGCAUUUAAAUUUUUAAUAUUUACCGGUUCUUCACGUUACACUUGUCCUAGAUUUAUAGCAUCCCUGCUUUGCCUUUACAAACAAAUGCUGAUCAUGGUUGUCACAAGCCAUAUUUCCAUCUAAACCAACCUACCCUGUUUGACUGGAGAGAAGAGAGCUACUGUUAUUUAAGUGGAGAAAUAGUGACUACCUCAUACUCUUCACUUGGGUUGUGUCUCAUGAGUCUCAUACAACUGCAUUGUGACGCUGGCUAUUAGUUGACACAGAGGCCAAGCAGCUUUUUUUUUUUUUUUUUUUUUUUUUUUUUUUAAAUUCAAGCAGCUUCAGUCCAGAAAAGGGCAGGAUGAAUCCCAGACAAGGGCCAGUUCCCACCAGAACCAGUAGGCACGGAUUAGGGGUUGAACUGGUGUACGUCCUCAGUGUGACAUGUUAGAGGUAUCCACCCCUUUGCCUUCAUGGCGAAGAACAAGCUUUGUAAGAUAAGCAUUCCAUUCAACCAGCCAGGCAUUUUAGACAAAUUAAGCCGAACUGGUACCGGAGCUCUCAAGAUGGCUGACAGAAGAUUACAUCAGGUUAUAGCGGAGCCCUCUUCUGUCUCUUCUCCAUUACAAAUGUGCCUAAGAAUGACCUUUGACACUUGAGAUGGGAUGGACCUUUGACUCAAUUUCCUCGCUCUCCUAUCUUGGAAUGUUCUAAACGCGCUAUUUCUUUGGCAAUGUUGUCAAUGAACCCCAGAGGACUUGCCCAAGCGCAGGUGUAGCAGAUCAGCUUCACAUAUUCGACGGCGUUUCAGGCUUCUUAAGACAGCGACUUGCUGAGGCAGAGUCACCUGUGCCUCUGCUGCUUGCAGCCAAGUAGUGAACUCCGUUUUGCAUCAUUUGCAUUUUAAUGUUUUGGGUUUUUUUUUGCCACUCCCUAUUCAAAAUCGCAAACUAUUUUCUGAUCAUGUUGAAAUUGUUAACCUACUCAAUGGGCAGAGCUGAAUAUAUUGUUUUUGUAAUCACCUGUGUUUAUUGGAUCCUUAAGGUGUAAACCGCACUUGAAUAAUGAUGUCAGUGACCUUGCUGCCUUGCAUUAAUUGCUAGCAGACCAUGACCUCCGUAUGAUAGAUCCUCUAUAUCUUGUCUUACCGGAAUACAAUGGACCCUGCAAUGUUGAACAAAGUUUUUGCGACAGUGUUGUUCCAGUUUCAAAAUUUUCUACCACAGGAACUCCUGUGGUGGAUUAAUUUUUUCCACAGAAAAACUGUCACCAUCUAAAACCUUUAUCAACUGUACAGGCAUUAUUUCAAGUAACAUUUUAACAUUCCUUACGGUCAUGUUUCCAAAAGUAGAUGUGAGACACUGUAUAAUACAAGUAAAGUAUUCAAAUGUCUCGCCCGUUGAGGAGCUGUGAUAUCUAGGUAAAAGAGAGUAGUUGUCAGGUAUCUAUGGUCUUUUUCAUUCUAGUCCUUACUCAUUAUUCUUUCAGCUACUUGCUGAACCUUUAUGUUGGCAUCCACUUAGUGAAACCUUUGCAUAAGCUGUUAAUUAAUUGAUGAGCCGAAAGACUGUUACCCCAAGUUAAUUUUUCUUUGUUCCACUCUGCCGUCUUUGGUACCCUUAUGUGUUGAAACCCAAAACAUUUGAGUUAAUACCCCCACUGAGUUCAAGUCCCACAACAUUUGGUGACAUCACAUUUCGAUCUCCAACAAUGUUUGACUUCUAGGCUUUCUGUAAAACUGUUUCAAGGGUCAUAUAUGUAUUGUAUUCUUUAGAUCAUUACUGACCGAGGGCUUUUUCUGCUGUGUUGGAUUUUUCCAACAUUUUCCAGCAUUCGAACUGUCAUGAUUGAUGGUGGGACUAAAAUGCCUUAUCCAAACCAAAAGCCAAUGUUGGUGAUCCUUUGUUAAAGUUUGUCAUUUUAGUGCCAUAAAGAGCUCCCACCAAGCAAUGACUUUCACAUUCUCAUGUGGUCACUGAAGCCUUCCUUCCAUGAAGCGCAUUCAAAAAAAAUUUAAAAAAGCUGCAAAAGUGACAUAUCAGUGUGCCACAGCCACAUUUUUUUUAAACUCGCUGUGGUUUUUAUCCCCACAUUGCAUGAUGCAGCAAUAAUUGCAUUGGUGGAAGGUGCCUUGUCAGUUUUAAGUUUUCUUUAUUGUUAGGAAUAAGUGGUUGCUUUCAUUUAGCGUAACUGUUUGAACUGUGGAGUGAAUUAUAUUAAAUUGGUGUCUCGCGCCCUUUAAUAACCUUGGCAAAAUAACAGCAAGAGGGCUGAUUUAAGUAAAAAUGUUUUGUUGAAUGUAAGUGCACAAUUACACAAGCUGGUCAGCUUUUUUAAAAAAAAAUAUAUAUAUAUAUUUUGUAUUCCCCUUUUACCGGAUGUCCUGAUUUCAUUCAAAUAAUAUGAUGGAAGUGGAACAUACACCGGUGGGCUCUCUGUUUUCUGUGUCCCAGAGCUGUAUGCUACCGUGUGUGAGUGGUACUACGCUUUUACACUGGGAACUUGAUUUGUAGAGAUCUGUAAUUGUUUUAUAUAUAACAAAGCAUAUUUGUAUAAAUGAACUAACAGUGAAAUGAUUUUAAAUUAUGCCAAAUAAAAUGGUGGUUCA